CUGUCACGAAAAAACAAUUCUGCUAAAACACAGAAACCUUAUCGGGUGGGUGAACAUAAUCUACAGCGAAGAGGGGGAUUUUUUUCAAGCAAUAUGGCUGGUGAGUGGGGCUGGGGACGCUGGCACAGGCUCUCCAAGGCUCCUAAAUGCUAGCUGAGGCAGAUGGCACCGUUCCCCAUGGAAGCGACAGCUCUAUGAGGACAAGUAAUAUCAUUAAUAAUAUAAACCCGGACUCUUCAAUCUUAAUAUCCAAGAUGGAAGACGUUGUCAUCCCGUUCUCGUCUGAGGUGCCCUGCGACAAUAAUGGACAGCGCAUGUGGUGGGCAUUCCUCGCCUCCUCCAUGGUGACGUUUUUUGGGGGUCUCUUCAUCAUCCUGCUGUGGAGGACCCUCAAAUAUCUGUGGACUGUUUGCUGCCACUGCAACAUCAAAACCAAGGAGGCUCAAAAGGUGAUCAAUCCCGCCAACAAUCCGGCAGCAGACAGACCAAAGGGUGAUGAGAAGGAGGAGGCCCCGGUCAGCGAGGUGGGAUGGAUGACUUCCGUCAAAGACUGGGCUGGCGUCAUGAUCUCCGCACAGACACUCACUGGCAGAGUUCUGGUGGUGUUGGUCUUUGCGCUCAGCAUCGGGGCCCUUGGAAUAUACUUUAUAGACUCCUCAGAUCCUAUAGAAUCCUGCCAGAACUUCUACAAAGAUUUCACGUUACAGAUCGAUAUGGCAUUCAACGUCUUCUUCCUUCUUUACUUUGGCCUGCGGUUUAUAGCAGCCAAUGACAAACUGUGGUUCUGGCUGGAAGUCAACUCAGUGGUCGACUUCUUUACUGUUCCUCCCGUGUUUGUUUCUGUCUACUUGAACAGAAGCUGGCUCGGUUUAAGAUUUCUGAGAGCACUAAGAUUGAUACAGUUUUCAGAAAUCCUACAGUUUUUGAACAUCUUGAAAACAAGUAACUCCAUCAAGCUGGUGAACCUGUGUUCCAUCUUCAUAAGCACAUGGCUCACAGCGGCUGGAUUCAUACAUCUGGUGGAAAACUCAGGGGAUCCUUGGGAAAACUUCCAGAAUUCCCAGUCACUUUCCUAUUGGGAAUGUGUCUAUUUGCUGAUGGUGACAAUGUCUACAGUGGGCUACGGGGAUGUCUAUGCAAAAACCACCUUGGGGCGCCUAUUUAUGGUCUUCUUCAUCCUUGGUGGUUUGGCCAUGUUUGCCAGCUACGUCCCUGAAAUCAUAGAGUUAAUAGGAAACCGAAAGAAAUAUGGUGGUUCCUAUAGUGCGGUUAAUGGGAGAAAGCAUAUUGUGGUCUGUGGUCAUAUUACCCUCGAAAGUGUCUCCAACUUCCUCAAAGACUUCCUACACAAGGACAGGGAUGAUGUCAAUGUAGAAAUUGUUUUUCUCCAUAAUAUUUCCCCUAAUCUUGAGCUGGAAGCCUUGUUCAAACGCCAUUUCACCCAAGUAGAGUUCUACCAGGGAUCUGUUCUUAACCCUCACGAUCUGGCCAGAGUAAAGAUCGAGUCAGCAGAUGCCUGCCUAAUCCUAGCCAAUAAAUACUGUGCAGAUCCUGAUGCUGAAGAUGCCUCCAACAUCAUGAGGGUUAUUUCGAUCAAGAACUAUCAUCCCAAGAUCAGAAUAAUCACUCAGAUGCUUCAGUAUCACAAUAAGGCCCAUCUGCUGAACAUUCCAAGCUGGAACUGGAAGGAGGGUGACGAUGCUAUCUGCCUGGCGGAGCUGAAGGCAGGCUUCAUUGCCCAGAGCUGUCUGGCCCAGGGCCUGUCCACCAUGCUAGCCAACCUCUUCUCUAUGAGGUCCUUCAUUGAGAUUGAGGAGGACACAUGGCAGAAGUAUUACCUAGAAGGGGUGGCUAAUGAGAUGUACACAGAGUAUUUGUCCAGUGCCUUUGUUGGCCUCUCCUUCCCCACUGUCUGUGAGCUGUGUUACGUGAAGCUGAAGCUGUUGCUUAUUGCCAUCGAGUACAAGUCUGAGCAGAGAGAGAGCAGAAGCCGAAAGCGCAUCCUUAUCAACCCGGGCAACCAUGUCAAGAUGCAGGAGGGAACACUGGGAUUCUUUAUCGCCAGUGAUGCCAAAGAAGUAAAGAGAGCUUUUUUCUACUGCAAAGCUUGUCAUGAUGACAUCACAGACCCUAAGCGGAUCAAGAAGUGUGGCUGCAAACGACUGAUUUAUUCCAAAUAUAAGUAUAAUGGAUAUGUCAGAUCACCAGCAGAUGGCGCUACAACACCAGGGAACAGUGGGAGUCAGAAAGAGGCUGGCGUUCGAUUCAAAGCUGAUUGCAAUUUAGUCGAAGACGAGCAUCCGUCAACUCUUUCGCCCAAAAAAAAGCAGCGCAACGGAGGGAUGCGAAACUCACCCAACUGCUCGCCCAAAAUGAUGAGUCGACACGACCCCCUUCUAAUUCCCGGAAAUGAACAAAUCGAGAGCAUGGAUAUGAACGUGAAGAGGUAUGACUCGACAGGGAUGUUUCACUGGUGCCCAUCAAAAGACAUCGAGAAAGUCAUCCUGACCCGGAGUGAAGCCUCCAUGACAGUACUGAGCGGCCAUGUGGUGGUCUGUAUAUUUGGGGAUGUCACGUCCGCUUUAGUGGGGCUGCGAAACUUGGUGAUGCCUUUAAGAGCCAGCAACUUCCAUUACCACGAGCUAAAGCCUAUAGUGUUUGUGGGCUCGUUGGAUUACCUGCGGAGAGAGUGGGAGACUUUACACAACUUCCCCAAGGUCUCCAUCUUACCUGGAACGCCAUUAAGUCGGGCAGAUUUAAGGGCUGUCAACAUCAACCUCUGCGACAUGUGCGUAAUACUGUCAGCCAAUCAGAACAAUAUCGAAGAUGCCUCGCUACAGGAUAAGGAAUGCAUCUUGGCAUCUCUCAACAUCAAAUCUAUGCAGUUUGAUGACAGCAUCGGGGUCUUACAGGCUAAUUCCCAAGGUUUCACGCCUCCUGGAAUGGACAGGUCAUCUCCAGACAGCAGUCCAGUACAUGGCUUUGUGCGUCAGGCUUCCGUCACCACCGGAUCCAACAUCCCCAUCAUCACAGAACUCGUGAACGACUCAAACGUUCAGUUCCUGGACCAAGAUGAUGAUGACGACCCAGACACAGAGCUGUACCUCACUCAGCCAUUCGCCUGCGGCACCGCCUUCGCUGUCAGUGUACUUGACUCCCUUAUGAGUGCGACAUACUUCAAUGAUAACAUCCUCACGCUGAUUCGGACGCUGGUCACAGGGGGAGCCACACCAGAGCUGGAGGCCCUGUUGGCUGAGGAGAACGCCCUCAGAGGAGGCUACAGCACACCGCAGACACUGGCCAACAGAGACAGGUGUCGUGUCGCCCAGCUCGCCCUCUACGACGGGCCAUUUGCCGACUUGGGGGAUGGCGGCUGCUAUGGAGAUUUAUUCUGUAAAGCACUGAAGACAUACAACAUGCUGUGUUUUGGAAUCUACAGAUUAAGAGACGCUCACCUCAAUGCGCCGAGCCCGUGUACAAAACGGUAUGUGAUCACGAACCCACCGUAUGAAUUUGAGCUCGUGCCCACAGACCUGAUUUUCUGCCUAAUGCAGUUCGACCACAACGCAGGCCAGUCCCGGACAAGCUUGUCCCACUCUUCCCACUCCUCCCAUUCCUCCAGCAAAAAGAGCUCCUCUGUCCACUCCAUCCCGCCCUCCAACCGGCAGAACCGCAGCAGUAAGACCCGGGAGGCCCGCGACAAACAGAAUGCAACAAGGAUGAAUAGAAUGGGCCAAGAAAAGAAAUGGUUUACAGAUGAACCAGAAAAUGCCUACCCACGGAACAUUCAGAUCAAGCCCAUGAGCACUCACAUGGCCAACCAAGUCAACCAAUACAAAUCCACUAGUAGUCUGAUUCCACCAAUCAGAGAAGUUGAAGAUGAAUGCUGAACACAGGGUUUUCUUGCUGACUCACCCGACAUCUGUAUGCUCUUUCAAAAGAGAUGGGAGAUCACCCAUGGAGGAUUGAUGAUGAUGUUGAUGAUGAUGACGACAGGGAUGUUGAAGACUGACACAUUUCUCUUCACUCAUUCUUCUAAUCGAGGGUUGGACAGAAACUCGAACUGGAAGGGACCUCCUAUGUGUAUACCUUUAAUGUUACUUCCAUGCUCUUGGACAUUGUUUUAUUUAUUAAUGUAUCCAUAGUGAUGUACAUAAUGACAAUCAAAUAAGGAUUGUACAGCCCCUUCCCCCUAGCACUUUUUGGAAUUAUUUUAAGAGUCAACGAAAAAAGAAAAAGAGUACUUCCUGUAAUUCUUUGCAAUAGUUCACCUCUUCGUGAGACCAGACUCCAUUGCUAAGGUGACUGGUUAUUGGAUGAUGAGGGUUGCAGCGAUAAACUGAUCAUAUCAUCUCCCAAAGAUCCACCCAGAUUCGUCACGUCAAACCGGCUGGGUUCAUCGACUUCAUAUUUCCUGUCUGCUUCUGUUCUAUUUGCACUAAAACUGAACAAGUUUCUUUUGACAGAACAACUGGAACCAUCAGAUUCCCCCCAAUAAAAUGUCACUCAGCAGAGAAAGAAGGGAGGGAGGGCUGCUUGGCUUCGGAGGCUUACCAAUCUUGCUCUUAGGUUGUUGUACAUCAUGUUGUUGCUUAAGGUUUGCUAGUUCACUGUUGGCUCGUCAUGUUGAGUGAGAGCAUUCCGGUCCUGCAACAGAAUCAUCUUGCAAAGCUGUAGUCUAAAAAAAACUCAAGAGAAUGGUGUAGUGUUGGUGUAUGCUGGCUGAAAGAGAACCCUGUACCUACACGUCGUCUGCUGAUGCGCCAGAUCAUAAAGCCUGUGACUCUGUUUUAAGCUCCUAUCGCAUGAUAUGUGCCUGAGCCCCCUCUAUAACAAACAGUGCGGUUGAUCAACCUGAAUACAUGAGACGGAUGAUAAACAACCUAUACUGUCCUUCAUGCGUUCAGGAGCAUUUACGUUAUGUGCACGCUGUGUCUGUCUGUGUGUGUGUGUGUGUGUGUGUGUGUGUAUGUGUGAGAGUGUAUGUGUGUGUGCGCAUCGCAGUCUCUUGUCCUGACCAGUGCUGUCAUUUCCUCCAUCACGCUGUAUGUGAUGGUGCACCUUUGAAGGAGCAGCAUGUGGGAUCUUUGCUCUAAAAAUGAAAGUCAUGGUAGAAAAAUAAACAUUAGAAGAGUUUAGAGGGUUUGGAUCUACUAACAAAGUUAUAAUGUUGCAUCAAAAAUCAAACCAAAAUUCCCAACUAUGAUUGAGUUGAGCUAACACGAACAGCAGCUGCGUGCCCACCGUUGACGCUUUGCUGCGAUAUCUGCAGCAGAAUUUGGGAUCAUACAGUAGAGUGGUGUAUCUUCUGAAUGUUUUGUCUGUUACAAUAACUUUAUGUGUGUUUAAUGAAGGAAAUACCACGUAUCGCAUAAAAGUGGGCAUCAAUGGGUCCUCCUUUGAUCAAAGCAACUGCCUGGCACAGGGUUGGCACAGAGGCGGUAAAGAGCUUGGAUGUUCUCUGUUGCCAAUCCAGAUGUCACACGCCUCAAAACUCUCAGGAGUUAAGCUGCUAUGUUCGGUCCCCUAAUGAAGGGAAAUGCUCAAACAUAGUUGGGUUAAAAUGCAACAAUGCCACAGACUGCUUAUAAGGAUACUGGAGAGGAAACAGUGUUCUUUAUGCUAGCCUGUGUGCAACAUGAGAGUGUAUUUUGCACGUUUAGGCGCUAA